GGCGUCUGCUUCUCUCCGCAGUUCUACGACCUGUGCGAGCUGUUCAGGACCGGCGGUCAGGUCCCCGACACCAACUACAUCUUCAUGGGUGACUUUGUAGAUAGAGGUUAUUAUAGUCUUGAGACUUUCACUUACCUUCUUGCACUAAAAGCUAAGUGGCCUGAUCGUAUCACACUGUUACGAGGCAAUCAUGAAAGCAGGCAGAUAACACAAGUAUAUGGAUUUUACGAUGAGUGCCAAACCAAAUAUGGAAAUGCUAAUGCUUGGAGAUACUGUACCAAAGUCUUUGACAUGCUCACAAUAGCGGCUUUAAUAGACGAGCAGAUUCUGUGUGUGCAUGGUGGCCUCUCUCCAGACAUCAAGACUCUCGAUCAAAUUCGAACCAUUGAACGUAAUCAAGAAAUUCCUCACAAAGGCGCCUUCUGCGACCUUGUUUGGUCUGACCCGGAGGAUGUGGAUACGUGGGCGAUCAGCCCGCGAGGAGCAGGCUGGCUCUUUGGUGCAAAGGUGACGAAUGAGUUUGUUCACAUCAACAACUUGAAGCUCAUCUGCAGAGCGCACCAGCUAGUUCACGAAGGCUAUAAAUUCAUGUUUGAUGAGAAAUUGGUAACGGUAUGGUCUGCUCCAAAUUACUGCUACCGCUGUGGAAAUAUUGCGUCAAUCAUGGUCUUUAAAGAUGUAAAUACAAGAGAACCAAAGUUAUUCCGCGCAGUUCCAGAUUCAGAACGUGUAAUUCCUCCUCGAACAACCACACCGUAUUUCCUCUGAGCCCCCUCCCCGCCUGCUGCCUCCCUCUUCCCUUGUACUGUCCCUUUACAAUAUACUUUUUAUUGAGCACUUUGCUGCUGAAAUGCUGCCUCUUGCCUUUUUUAUUUUUAAAUUAUCUAAAUUUAUUGUGUAUUAUCGUGUCUGUAGCAAGUUCCCUUCGUUUCCCCCCCCACCCUAGAUUAAUUGCAGAGUAUUUGUAAUACAUCCUUGAAAUUUAUACUACUGCAUGUAGUCCGUACCUAUUUCUGGGUUUAGACGAA